CCAUCCCCAAAAAUACCAAUUGACUUGUCGUUUACACAUACACAUACACUGUGGAUUAUCCAUAGCCAACGAAACCAGAGGCCCCUCACCCCUUGCUGUCUGCGCCACAAAUCCCCAGACCCUCCAUCUUCAUCUUCAUCUUCAUCUUCACGUCACGUGCCGUGUUGAAUCGGAACCACCUUUAUUGCAGACAGACCAUGGUGGUGCCGACGGUGAUGCUCAUCACUCACUUCAUCACAACGACACUAGUUUGCUUCUCUUGAUAUCAAUUGAUUGAUUUAUAAUGGAAGCCGCACAGGGACGUCGUUUGUCCGUCAUCGCUUCUCAUCUUCGCCAAAUUCCCAUUCCACCAACUACGACCAAUGUUUCUUCAUCUAUUGUCUCGCCCUCUCAUUGCAAUUCCUCAGAUUCUGAGAAGCUGCGCAAUCUCGAGGCUGAUUGUGUUUUCUGUAAGAUUAUUCGAGGCGACGCACCUGCUUUAAAGCUAUACGAAGAUGAUACAUGCCUAUGCUUUUUGGAUACAAAUCCCGUUAGCCCUGGGCACUGUCUUAUUAUUCCAAGAAGCCAUUUUCCAUUUCUGGUAGCAACUCCUCCAUCUGUGGUAGCUGCCAUGUGCUCCAAAGUCCCUUAUAUUAGCAAGGCAGUUAUGAAAGCCACUGGUUCUGAUUCUUUCAACUUGUUGGUGAACAAUGGCGUGGACGCAGGCCAAGUUAUAUUUCAUACACACAUUCAUAUAAUACCUCGUAGGGCACGGGAUUGCUUAUGGGCUUCUGAGAGCUUGAAGAGGCAUCCAUUGAAGAUAACACUAGUAAAGAUCAUGGUGGAACCACUCUCAUUGGAAGCUGAUAUCAGAAUCAUCUCCACCGGAAACCAUCGUCUAUUGCCGUUGACUACCAUUGCCAACCAUCGACUACCAUCAAAAGCCACCGCUUCUCUUUCAUAG